AUCGAAAUCGAAACUUCACCAUCUCAAUUCUAAAAAUUUGCCUUCCAACUUUUCCAAGCAGCUUAUAACGUCACAGUACGAGUAACAACGUCUAUAUCUAGCAGAGCAUGCACCCUCCUUCUGCUCUUCCAAAUUCAUCAAUUUCUACAACUCCCACAACAACAACACCAUACAAACCCACAAACAAAAUAGCAAUCCCAAUCCCAAACAACACAAUCUACAACCUCCCAAGAACCCUCUCCGACUUUAUCACAAACCAUCCCAAACUCCCCCCCACAGAAACCCCUCAAGAACCCUUAUUCCAAAACCCACUCUCCCAACAACCCACCCUCCAAACCCCCUCACCAACAACCUCAACAACCACCCUCCAAUCCCCAAAACCUCCUCCCAAAAUGUCUCUCCGCUCCUCUCCCCGCAACAGGGUAACCGCAACCCACACCACCAAACCCACCUUGAUGACCCGUCUCCAUGGCCGCAACGCAACCACACGCACCACCAAGACAACAACCACCACCCAUCCUACUCACCAUAAUACCCAUACGACUGGCCAUCAUACCACAGCUGGUCACCAUACUGCCGUUGCUCCGAGAACUACUCGGAGAUCGGGAUGGGGUGGUAGACGGACGGCUCGGACGGCGCAUACUGCUCAGCCGGUUGUGCAUCAUAAGAGGCAUGCUACGCUUGGUGAUAAGGUUUCUGGUGCGAUGAUGAAGUUGAGGGGUUCUUUGACGAGACGUCCGGGUUUGAAGGUAUGACUCUUCCUCUUUCUUCCUUAUCCUUUCUUUUCUUUUCUUCCAAUACUAAAAGGUUAAAUAGGCUGCUGGUACGAGACGUAUGCAUGGAACUGAUGGACGGGGAAGUCGCCGAGUCUAUUAGAAUGUGUCGUACCUACGAGUACAUUUUCAUGACAGCCUCGGAUUUGGAGAUGAGAAUUUGAUGAAUGGAUGACUAAAUGAUUCGUUGGCCUUUUUUGAAUUGCUUGGUUGGCUGGUGUAGGUUUACUUUUGUAAUGUAUUGUAUGAUAUUACUUGUAUGAUGAUAGAUACCCGGGUGGAAAUUUGGAUUUGGAUGGGGAUUAGGUUAGCAAGCAAGCAAGCAAUCGAGCAAUUUUAC